CAAAUCAUUUUAGUUUAGUUGCUUUCAUUCUUCGGUCUUUUUGAAGGAAAAAAAAUUUUUUUAAGGAAACUAUAUUUGGGCACUGUAAACAGAAAUUCUUAGAAGACUUUUGGUUAGAAUCUAGUGCUAGUGUGUUUACCAGAUCAUGUCUUCACAGUUUGGUGUCGAAAAGUGCGGAGGCGAGGGCUCUGAGGCGGCCGGCGGUGCCGCUGUCAUCAAUUCCCUGACCAGUGAAAUGUCUCUGGAACUGAAGCCAUCUCCCAAGCAGACUUGUAUUCCACUGCAUCAGCGUCAUCGUAUGGUCAAUUCGGAGACAAGUGUCAACUCGAAAAAACUGGACAUUGACAUGCCGGACAAGUCCUGGUCGGUGCUGUAUAUCGGUGCCAAGAAGGACGAGAACUUUGAAUAGCAGCUAAACUGUGUGGUUCAUUCUAAAAAAAAUGAUGUAUUUUCGAAACAAAGUGCUCUCUAUAUCAGCUAUUUAGUUAAGCUACCAUCGUCUGUGAACAGCCUGGCCAGCCCACAAUAAUUGUGAUCGACUUUACGCAUCCACAUCUUCCAGUCACCCAAUGCUUUAAUAUACAAAUU